AUGAAAUAUCCCCUCAUUCAUCGAUCGAUUGACCGAAAAUUCCUUCUCUAUGCUUGUAUCUUGUUGCUCGUCUUCACUUUGGUUCCUCUCUCCCUCUUUACCACCUUCAUCUUUUCUCCGAGCACUUCGAUCAAACCCACCUCGACACAACACGUCUGGAUUUUAGUACCGUUGCUGUGGGCCCUCAUUGCCUUAUUGUUGUUAGGGGUGGGAUGGGCCACUGUUUUCCUCUUGCAUCGUGCAUCGAGUUUAUUGCGAGAACGAGAAAAACAAACAAAAUUCAUGGUGGAGGAUGUCCUUCGACACUUUCAAUUCAGCCCAUCCUCGAAAUGUCAACAACAAUCACCACCACCAAUACAUGGAGCUUCAACAACAAGUGCCACCAUUCAACAACAACCACCACCACCAGUGAUGAUGGGACAAGCUGGACUUGACACCACCACGAACACCAACCACUCUGGGGAAAUCGAUGAUGAGGAACAUCCUUUAAGAUUUACAUUUUGUUCUGAACCACCACCAAUGGUUUGGAAAGAACAGCAACGGGCUUGGAGUGGUGUGUGUAUGUCGUCGUGUCCUGCUGCUGCACUAAGGGCCAGAACCGCUCAUUCCUUGAUGAUCAAUGAAACAGAAGAAGACGACAUUCCACAACAACAACAACAACAGAACACACGUCAUCAUCAUGUAUCAUACCAUUCCCAGUCAAGCAUUCCAACUGCUGCUUCCUUGUCCUAA